GGGCAGCUGGAGCCAGCCCAGACCCUGCAGCCUGUGUCGUGGGGGGGAGGCGAGGACACCCCGAGGCUGCUCUGAGCAAGGGGCAAUUGGGGGCGUCGGGCAGGGCAGAGCCAGGGCCCCGGGGUCCUGGUCUGGGGUCUCCCGUCACAGGUGAAGCCGGAGGUGGAGAUGCAGGAGCAGGACCCCCAAGGUCUCCAGGCAGGAGCGGAGGGGGCAGGACAGGCCUGGUGACAAGCACACCAGGACCAGGGGCAUCCCCGAGGGCAGGGAAAGCAACAGCCCUGGAGGAGCCGGGGCAGGAGGUGGAGCCAAGCUGCCCCCGACACCACACAGCUGCCCUUGGGGACGAGGUCCCACCCCAGAGACCUGGUGCCAGAGCCCGCUGCCAGGAGGCCGGGGGCUGCAGGAGGGUGGCACGGCUGGCGGGAGCUCUGCCAGCGCGGGGUGGCCCCAGCAUGGAGCAGGUCUUUGGGCUGGGGGUGCUGGAGCAGUUGGUGGCUGUCCUGACCCAGGAGAUGCAGAGCUGGGAGUGGGGACGCAGCGUGGAGACCUGUGCCAUAGCCAGGCCUUGGCCCAGAGGUGCCAGCUGGGGCAAGCAGCAGGCGAGAGGCCCCACGGUGCAGUGUUUUCCCCUGAUCCCCCAUGCUGCCGUCCCCACCUCCACGCACCUGGGGGCUGUUCCCCCCCAGCCCGUCUCCCCCGCGCAGCCCCCAGUGACACGUGGAUCUGGUCCCCGGUCCAGGCAGCGUGACGGCGCAGGAGACGUGCUCACACGCGGCGCAGCCCCGCGGGGCGCUGCAGGGACCGGCCGAGUCCCGGCUGCAGCAGCCGAAGGCCCGUGGCGCGGACAUGGCUCUGGAGGAGGGAGGACAGCGGGAUGCCCCAGGGGCUCGGGACAAGCCACCUCGUGUCCCCGGAGAGGAGCCCCCGCGCGAGCAGCAGUCAGGUGGCGGGACCCUGAGCAGAGCCGACCAGCAGGCUGGUGAGGAAGGGCCCGUGCACCUGGAGCUGCAGAGGACUUGGCCAGGGAGCCUGGGAGAGAGGGGCUGCCUGCCCCCGGAGCCGGGCCCAGGGCAGAAGGGGCAGGCGAGGGAGAGCCUGGAGCUCCCGGCGGUGUUCGAGGCCGUGGCAGUGUAUUUCACGCGGGAGGAGUGGGAGCUGCUGGACGAUGAAGGCAAGGAGCUUUACCGGGACCAGAUGCUGAGGAAUUACCAAGCCCUCGUUUCCCUGGGAUACCGAGGUCCCACCCCUGACUUAAUCUGCCGGCUCCAGCAAGGACAGGGGGAGCUCUGGGGCUGUGCUAACGAGGAAAGCUCACGGUGGGAGGACCUGGCUGCAGGAGGUGCCUGGCUGCCUUGCAGAGGUGAGCAGCAGCUGCCAGAGGAAGGGCCUGCAAACCUGGAGCACCCAAGGACUCGCCCACGCAGUUGUGGUGAGAUGGAUGCCCUGAGACCUGAGGAGGACCGAUGGCCCCAGAGUGAGGGGAGGGCCCCAGAGCAGAAGGAGAUUGCAGCAGUGGGCCAGGUAGCAUCUCCAGUUCAGCGUAAGAGAGGAGAAAGGCCAGAAGCCAGAAAGAGCCCUGGGUGCAAGGAAGACUUUGUGGAGCUGAGAGCGCUGAAGAGCCAUAAGGCAAAGUUGCAGUGGAGAGAGAGCCCGCAUCCGAACCAAGGCAGUGCGGAGGGCCUCAGAGGGAAGCAGGAGCUCACUGCCAAACCUCAGAUGAGAGCCCAGCCCUGCCCUGAGAACAGGAAAACCUUUAAUUGCCCCUCGCUCCUUGCUUUGCACACGAUAGGACAGGCUGGGGAGCAGCUCCAUGUAUGCACCGAGUGUGGGGAGAGAUUUACCUCCCUCUCAGCCCUGACUGCUCACCAAAAGGUCCAUUGUGGAGAGCCCCUGCACUGCUUCAGCAAAUGUGGGAAGGGCUUUGUGUGCAGCUCAGGCUUGGCCAAGCACCAGCCCAUGCACAAGGAGAAAUGCCAGUACCGCUGUGUCCUGUGUGGUAAGACCUUCACCCAUUUUUCCUCCCUGGCUCAGCACCGGCACAUGCAUUUGGGGAGGAAGACGCACCGCUGCAACAAAUGCCAGCAGAGCUUUGCCAGCCAGCAAGACCUGUCACAACACCAGUGUGGGCUGAGCAGGCAGCAGCCGCACCGCUGCAUCGAGUGUGGAAAGAGUUUCAGGCAUCCCUCCGACCUGGCCAGACACAGGUGCAUGCACACCGGGGAGAAGCCACAUCAGUGCUCAGUGUGCGGGAAGAGCUUUACCUCCUCCUCCAACCUGGCCAGGCACAGGCACUUGCACAUACGGGAGACUCCAUAUAAAUGCUCUGUGUGCGGGAAGAGAUUCACCGCAUGUGGCUCCAUGGCCCAGCACCAGUGUGUCCACACAGGGGACAACCCUCAUCAGUGCUCUCAGUGUGGGAAAAGGUUCAUCUACUCCUCCACCUUGGCUCACCACCAACACAUCCAUACAGGGGACCAGCCACAUCAAUGCUCUUUAUGUGGGAAGAUCUUCACCACAUCCAGUUCUGCGGCCCGGCACCAGCUUGUCCACACAGGGGAGAAGCCACAUCAGUGCUCUGAGUGUGGGAAGAGCUUCACCAGAUCUAGCUCCAUGGCCCAGCACCGACACGUCCACACAGGGGAGAAGCCACAUCAGUGCUCGGUGUGUGGGAAGAGCUUCACCAGAUCCAGCUCCAUGGCCCAGCACCGACACGUCCACACAGGGGAGAAGCCACAUCAGUGCCCUGUGUGUGGGAAGAGAUUCACCACAUCCAGCUACAUGGCCCAGCACCAGCGCAUCCACACAGGGGAGAAGCCGCAUCAGUGCUCGGUGUGUGGGAAGAGCUUCACCAGAUCCAGUUGCAUGGCCCAGCAUGAGCGUGUCCACACAGGGGAGAAGCCACAUCAGUGCUGUGUGUGUGGGAAGAGGUUCACCACAUCCAGCUACAUGGCCCAGCACCAGCGCGUCCACACAGGGGAGAAGCCACAUCAGUGCUCGGUGUGUGGGAAGAGAUUCACCUGCUCCUCCAAUCUGGCCCAGCACCAGCAUGUCCACACAGGGGAGAAGCCUCAUCAGUGCUCUGUGUGUGGGAAGAGAUUCACCCGAUCCAACUCCAUGGCCGAGCACCAACGUGUCCACACAGGAGAGAAGCCCUAUCAAUGCUCUGAGUGUGGGAAGAGGUUCACCUGCUCCUCCAAUUUGGCCCAGCACCAGCGCGUCCACACAGGGGAGAAGCCACAUCAGUGCUCAGUGUGCAGGAAGAGCUUUACUCGCUCUUCCUACCUAGCCCGCCACCAGUGUAUCAACCUGGAGGAAAAGCCGUAUCAGUGCUCUGUGUGUGGCAAGAACUUCACCAGAUCCAACUCCAUGGCCCAGCACCAACGUGUCCACACAAGAGACAAGCCGUACAAAUGCUCUGAGUGUGGGAAGAGUUUCACCUACUCCUCCAAUUGGGCCCAGCACCAGCGUGUCCACACCGGGGAGAAGCCACAUCAGUGUUGUGUGUGUGGCAAGAGCUUCAGGCACUCCUCCAGCCUGGACCAGCACCGGCACAUGCACACCUAGGAGCAUCCAUAAUCCUGCCAGCAAUGAAGGAAGGGCUUGGGGAUGUCUACCUACUCAUUACCCUGCAGUGGCUGUGUUGAAAGGUGGCUCAUGGUGGAGCGCAGAAAGAGGUCACCCAGCCUUCAUCCCUUGUAGAUGCAGAACCCCAAGGAUGCAGGGCCUGGCCCGCAACGUUAGCUUGGGGCUAAGAGGACACACCUCCAGCAGACGCCAGCACAGAUGCUGGGGGAAUUUGUGAGGACAUGAUCUUUGUGUCAGCCUUGCUGCCUGUGUCUUCCCAUCAUCCUCUAGAUCAGCCAGUGCUGCCAGGCAGAGAAGAAGUGCCUUCACCAUAGGGUGCCCUGCCCAGGACAGCUGGCUCCAAGUGACACCCAGGGACUGUCCUUGGCUGUCUCCCAGCCUCAUCCUCCCUCCUGGUCCCAGGAUUCCUCUAUGUGAGGCUCUUGACGUGCAGCAAGGAGGACAUUUAUGGCUAGAGAAGUAUUCCCAGCCCUCCACCUGACUUCACCUGUCCUCACCACCACAUGACCCCUCUCCACCUCUGGGUGCCUGCAGCUCCCCCUGCCCUCUUUCCCUUCAGUGCAUUCUCCAAAAUGCAAUCUCUGCCAAUAAAGACCCAGAACUGAA